AUGAGUGUAUAUGAGACGGAGCGAGAGUAACAGAACUCAAGUACGCGCGUUUCUCUCGGCACGCGAGUCCAGGUUCUGUACAGGAUUUCAAUCAACGUGGACCAAGUCAGUUUGGACAUCAGUCUAGAUGACGGAAGAUGAGGAAGAACAUUACAAGGCAAUGGGAACUCCUGGUAGUUGUCGUGUCCAUGGUUUUAAAGAUGACAUUAGUGUUCAGCGUACUUCAGGUGAGGACUCCAAAAUGCCAAUUAAACAUGGAUAGCCUCUUGAUUAAUUGUAAUAAAACAACCCUCGAUGACAUUAAGCUUUACUUCCACGAGCUGCAGGUGCCAGCCAACAUCACUGAAGGGCCAGAAGGGAUCGUAAUAGAAGACUCUCGCAUUUUCUAUCUACCGCCUAUUUUCUCAAUCUUCAACAGCACCUUGGAGACACUAAGAGUAGUUCACAGCCAACUAGAGCACGUCGAUCCGGGCACCUUUUUGUACCUGGAGCUUCGAAUUUUAGACUUAUCUCACAACAAGCUCAGAUCCAUUCCCCAUUCUGUCACUGUGCUCCACUCCCUCCAAGUGCUAAACCUGGAACACAACAACAUAAUGUCAAUGUGGACCGUCUAUCACCGUUUGACCAAUCUCCGUGAACUGAACCUGGCUUACAACCAAGUAAAGUUCAUCGAUUCGGAAAAUGAAAGUCAGCUUAUAGCAACUACUACUAACAGCUUGCAGAUUCUGAACUUACGAGGUAACAACUUGACAACAGUCCCUGACCAAUUCCUAAAAGGACCACUGAUGAAGCUUAAAUCUCUGGACCUCAGCGAAAAUCAACUGAGCAUUUUCACGAAAGUGCAUUUUUCCUUACUGCCAAACUUACAAACCCUCGACUUGCAUUCCAAUCGACUUACUAGAGUCCAUCAGUUUUCUUUUGCUGUUUCGUUGAAACAAUUGGAUCUCACAGAUAACCCUCUCCAUUGUGACUGUGACGUAGCUUGGAUUCUAGAGUGGCUCAAGACAACUAACAUGACCAUUUUACUUCCAAAAUGCUUUUCACCUCCUCACAUAAAAAGUCAAAAAUUGUCUGAAGUCCAGCCUGACGUCAUAUGUCCAAGCCAGUUUAACCACUCAACAGCAGAGUCUUUGAACUCUGUGACAGACAAAUUAGGUCAGUACGAAUUUCUGGAUUUAGAUAGUACGGCCAGCAGCAUAUCAGCUUCAUGGAAGGUCCUUCUCACCGAUAAAACUAACCACAACUGGGGGCUCUUGUACAGGAAAACACAAGAUAAUCCCUACAAAAUGACCUUAAUCCCUCACCAGCAAAGUCAUUAUUAUAUAGUGAAGAACCACUAUAGCUCAGGUAACAGACAACAAGAGAUAAUCUACUCUGAUGAAAUUAAGAAUCUCAGCCCAGAGACUAAUUACAGUAUUUGUGUGGGACUUAUGGAAGAGGGUCAACUUCUAGUAGAGCCAAAGAAAUGUCAACGUGUCCAAACAAAGCCCCUUUCCUUGUCUACAAAUGAAGUAACCCAAUAUAACAAUGAAGACAUUUUAGCCACAGACCAGAAGCUGAACAACAAGGAGGUUUUGAUGACAAUGGAUAUAACACCUAACACAGUAACAAUCCGCUGGGAGAUAGUCAAGUUCCCGGCAUCAAGCCAGUUAUUAAAGCAUAAAGCAUCAUGGGGAAGCAGUCAUGAACGUCUUCAGUGGAUGAUCCGAGUUCGAAGAUUUACCACUUCCAAUUUCACUGAAAUGAAGAUCAGCAAACCUACAUUCUUGAAUUUAACAAAACUUGCCUAUGAAUACACAGUAAAGGAUCUACAACCUUCUACUGGCUAUGAAGUUUGUCUGAUUGCCAUGAUUACAGAUAUCAGAAAUAAAUUUGAUGAAAAUUAUUAUAUAAACUGUAGGGAGAUAGAAACCAAUGAAAAGAAGGUGUUUCCUAUGACAGAGGUUGCUGUGGCAACAUCUGUGGCAACCUGCACAACCUUCGUGGUCAUAGUUAUUGCAUUUUUCUGUUGUCCAAAGUCUAUUUUCAGAUGUCAGUCCAAAACCAUCCAGCUUUUAAAACGUACUAAGUCAGAAAAGACGUGGGAAGCAGAUACAAAUAAAAAUAAAAAGGCAUCAGAGGGUGGGUGUGGAGAAGAGCCUGACAAGAUUAGAUCAACCACAAUCUUUCCAAAAGAAAGGAGUGAAGAUACGAAUGAGAAAGAAGAACACAGAAGUAUUGUCCAACUCAAUAAUCCAGAUGAGAGAGAGACGAUUUCUCGCUGCGACGAUGUAAGACCUACUCUUCCAACUCGAUACACAAAUCCAAGAAUUGGUAUCAGAGAACAAUGUAUUCCAAUUAGCUCAAGUAUUUUCAGAAGUUCUAGUUAUAAGGCUAUCCCUAGUGGAAGUCUCAUCCCUCGACUUCCUCCCAGAGGUAGCCAAAAUUAUAUUAGUCUCCAACAUAGAAAUUUCAAUCAGGGUUAUUUUUCCACCAGAAAUACCUCCAGCCGCUCUCUCCCUUACAUUAACCCACAGGAAAUAGAAUACAUUGGAGGACAAAAAGUCCAAGUCUUUGUGCGAGGGACGAGAACCCUACCAAGAAAUACUCAGACACAAUCAAAAAGUCAAACCAUUCCAUUUCACCCUCGUUUUAGCCUGCCGAAUAACUUCAAGUCUCGAGAGCGUCAUCUACCCCAACAGAGUAAUCAUACUGAUGAGGAUUCUUCCUAUGAUUCGGACAGCCAGUGCGAUCGAAGUCUGGUAAGUGUUUCCACAGAAAAGUUGUGGCAUCGACCACCAGAUUCCAACAAUAACCCCAUAAAUUCUGUGAGCUCUCGGUCUAGCACUAUUCAGUGCGGUAGACCCUCUGUAGCCAUCGCUCAAAUUCAUUCCAAACCAUACUAUAUUGAGCACGUGUGACACAAGUUAAAAUGUAUUGAAAUCAGCAAAAGGUGCUGUUGUUGUUUUUUGUAAAAUUCUCGAUGAACAUCUAGCAGAAAGGACUUUAGGUUUUCACAAAGAAACUGAAAGUCCGUGUGUUCAACUUAUAUCUGCAGUGCUUAUUAGAAACUGCCUAUACAUGAAUGGAUUUAUGAAAGUUGUCCAGUAUCGAAUAGUAUGUACAUUUAUCGUUUUAAUCAUUAAAGUAUCUAAGUUU